CGCAGGUCACGUGGUGGGGGCGGGGCCUUCGCACGGAGCCGCCGCCAUGGCGCUGCCGCGGCUGCUGGUGCUGCUGCUGCUGGCGGGGCCGGCGCGGCCCAUCUCCUUCCAGCUGCCGGGCAAGGCGCGGAAGUGCCUGCGGGAGGAGAUCCACCGCGACACGCUGGUGACGGGCGAGUACGAGAUCACCGCCCCGCCGGGAUCUCCCGCCGGGCCCUCCGCCAACCUCAAGAUAACCGAUUCUGCUGGGCACAUCCUGUAUGCCAAGGAGGAUGCCAGUAAGGGCAAGUUUGCCUUCACCACUGAAGAUUAUGAUAUGUUUGAGGUCUGCUUUGAGAGCAAGCUUCCUGUCGGAACAGGGAGGAUGCCGGACCAGCUCGUGAUUCUGGAUAUGAAGCAUGGAGUUGAAGCAAAGAACUACGAGGAGAUUGCGAAAGUGGAGAAGUUGAAGCCUCUGGAAGUAGAAUUGAGGCGCCUGGAAGAUCUUGCAGAGUCCAUCGUUAACGACUUUGCCUAUAUGAAGAAACGAGAAGAGGAGAUGAGGGACACAAAUGAAUCGACAAACAUCCGAGUUCUGUACUUCAGCAUUUUCUCCAUGUGCUGUCUCAUUGGACUGGCCACCUGGCAGGUUUUCUACCUGCGUCGCUUCUUCAAGGCCAAGAAAUUGAUUGAGUAAAGGAGGAAGUCCUCCUCCCCCUCCUCUCCAACCCAGCUGGACACCGCUGGGACCCAGCCGUGGCCCCCUGGAGCGAUCUCACGGAUGAUACCCACUGACUGGAGCUUUUCUGCAGAUACUUGGACCCUAAAGGAGGAGGGGAGCCUGAAAAUUGGAGGCAACUGGGCACUUGUGAAAUCCUGUUGGAUGUUGAGGGUGGGGGAUGUGUUUGGGGAUUCCCGGGGCAGCGAUUUAAAUAAAAAAUACGUUUCCACGACAGCUGCAGCAAGUUUUGCGCUGUCUGUUCUCCAUUUAUAAUCUUAGCUUGAUGAUAUCUCCCAUCUGUCUGUGACUGUAGUGUUAUCUCUGGCCACUUGACCCUGCUGAGCCCUUCUGGUGCCAUGCAGCUCGUACCAGGGCAGAGCGGGGCUUCCCUGUUCUCACCAGCUGGGAUCUAAGCCUCAUGCAAACGAGGGUGAGUGCAAAGCAAUAGGAUUCAUCAUCCCAGCAGGGCCAGAGGAUAGAGGGAGGUCUGAGGUUUGGUCCCAGUUGUGGACCUCUGUGUUUCUCCCUGUGGGAGCUGGUGUCUUUGCACUGACAGGUCAGGGCACUUGAACAGACGGUGGUUCAGCCUGGAGGAAGGGGAGCCUUGGUAAGAGGUCUUGGAAAUGUGUUUGAGCUUGGAAAGGAGAAGCCUCCUUUGCUCAAAUAAGCUGUGCAGCCUUGGUCCCGCCCUUGCUCCACGUGUUUGUCUUGGAUUUGCCCCUCUCAUUCGGAAAUGAUACAGCAGUUUUCCUGAAAGCCUUGGUCAGGGAUAGCCUUUUGUGCAGACAGGACGCCUCAGUCAGAUACAGUCACAGAGCAAAUAAAAGCAGGUUAUGCUUGGAAACUUGGUCCUACAUUGAGCUGGAGACUUUUCUCAGCUAACAGCGUAGCGUUUAUCCAGCAGGCAGCUGAUUGAAUCUCAUUUUCUGAGACCUCAGAGCAAUGUGGGCUGUGCUGCUCAUGUGAAGCUUGUGCCCUGCUUCGAGGUCUGAGGGUGCCAGGGGUGCUUUGCAGGUUGCUAGAAGAGUUGUUGGAAGAAUGUGGAUAAACUUAGAAAAGCAGUACAGAAACACGGUAAUGCUACAUCUGGGGCUGAACUGUUACCUCAACAGAAUUGUUAUUGUGUGUGGUACUACAGAGAGAGCAAGCAGCUCCUCCUUUCUCAGCUGUCCAGAUGGCACGAUGUUAAAUAAGCCAGGCUGGGAAAAAACAGGUGGGUUAACUUUCUGGACUUACCUGCUGCAGUCUUCAGGCAGUGAUUAAAAUUCUUUCACCUUCUCUGCAUUCCUUCAGAGCAAACGGUUCAGCAGCACAGCAUUCUGGUGUCAUGCCGAGACACUUCUGGCUAGGGAAGGGAUUGUCAUGGCCCUGGGCCUGGCCUCCCAUUUUGAAAAAAAUCAUGGUUUUAGAGUUUCUGACCUAAAUCUGAUCUAUUGCUGGGAAGGAAAUGGUUGUCCAGGGUGAGGUAAUGGGAAAGAGGAUGAAAAGAUGACCUCCUGUCAUCUAAAUACAUGCGUACUUUGCCUCCUCUUCGCCAUUGCCAAGUUCCUGGAGUUGUUAGUUCCCCUGGCAAGUGCUUAGAUUGCUUUUAAUUUGUUUCUUUUUUGAUAAAGCCAUAUUACAAACCCAAGUCCCCUCCUCUGCCCUUGCAUCCGUUUUAUCCUUGCACAUUGUUAAAAGCUGUUACAGUGCAGAACAGCAGCGAUGCCACAGGACUGAAUUACAGAAGUCAUUGGAAGGUGGUUUUAGGUCCUACAGUUUGAAGCCUGUAGAUCUGUUAGGGUUUUGAUUUUGUUUUUAUAUAACUUGAAAAGACAGUGCAAGAAAGGGCCUUUACCAGUCUUGUCUGUUUUGAUAUCCUCUCCCUGUCCUUAUUGGAGUACAAAGUUAAUUAAAAAUGGUGGUGAGGCCUUAAGUUCCCCGGGUGACUGUUACACUCUCAUCGUUCUGGUGUUGCUUUUUGAUCUUCACUGUACUGGUGUGGUUACGGGGGAACAGGUUGCGCGGGAGGGGGGAGCUGUUAUGGAUUUACCCGUAAUGACCGGUUGGGGGAUUUUGUCAACUUUCUCAAAUAAAAUUUCUUUGGGGAAAAACAA